AAAAUAUUGAAUUGGAAUUUGAAAGCGAGGCUCUGAGUUGUUGUGCCUCUGUAUGUGCUUCCUCUUUCCAUUAUCAUCGUCCUUAAUCGUCUUCCCCACCUCUCUCUCUCUCUCUCUCUCUCUCUCAAAUGGGUUCUAGCAGUAGUCGACUGGGCUCACGCCCUUCUCGGGCCCGAGUAAAUCGCACCAACCGCUCCAGGGUCUUCUCUCUCAUCUGCGGUGGCUCCACUUCUCGCUCUACCCAUCAGAUGGAAGAUUGCGCGGUUGAAUCCCUUGUGAAUUCUGCAGAACAUUCAAAUCCAGUCAUCAAUGUAGGUCAGAACAUCAUAGAGGAAACCUCUCUUGUUACUGGGGCAGGAAGGCUCUCCUACUCAAUUACUGAAACUGGUGCCUUAUCUGGAAGCAGCAUUGAGAAUCCUUCAGUUGAAGAUGGUUCAAUAAAUGUUGAAACAAGUAACCAUGGGAAGUGCUUGUCUGAAAGUAAGGAGCUAGUUCCUCCUCAUCUGGUAAGUGCUGAUCAUAGUCAUGAUGAGUCUUGUAGGUAUAGUAGUACUACAGCUAGUACGUCGUUUAAAGAGCAACAAUCUUCAGAUCCAGUUUCUGUUAAUGUUUCCACUAACAAGGAUGCAGACAAUGGUAUUGAUAAUUCAGUGGACAAGGAAGUACCUCAGAUAUGUCCCAAGGCUCAUCCUAGCAGCUCAAGUCCUCAAGAGCUAGGAGAUUCAAGCUUUAAUGGAGUGUCUGUUGAUAAUCACAUUAGUGAAGUAACUGCCUUCGAAAACUCCGACCCUGAUUCUGUUCCUCAUGAUUCCAACUCACCUAUGACAUUUGGAUCGCUGGGAGAUGAAUCUUUUCAGGAGGCAAUACCUUCAGGUUUAGGAUUUCUUGUUUCCAAUAGGGAACAAGGCUGGGGAGACGGAGGUGUACUUCAAGUUGAUGUGGUGACUAUCUCUUCUAGUGUUGUUUCAAGUCGCAAUGCUGAUGAAAGUAACCGAGAGGUCAGAAGGAAUAGUAGAAGACUGUUUUGGGAUGCUUUUUCAAGACGUAGUUCUAGAAGGCAUAGUGAUUCUCCUUCUAUUCUUCUUUCAACAGAUGAUUCUCAUGAUUUAGGAUCUCAUGAUAGAUGGCUCCUUGAUUUGAGUAGUGACUUUUUUGAUGGAGUUGGAGAUGAUCGUGGACAUCUGGGCAGUAGAAUUCACAGCUUGAAUGAACAGCGACGGCAUUCAAGAUCUGAGAUCUUGGAAAGAGUUCGUGGCAGCCUUGAUGACAAUGGGAGGCAAAAUACAGCUUGUCCAUCAGGUCUCCACCCUGAUGGUAUGUGCUCUUGUGAGUCAUUUUUGAUGAGCGAAGAAUCUAGUACCCGUGCAAGUAUAUCACGCAUAGUCAUGCUUGCCGAGGCUUUAUUUGAGGUAUUGGAUGAAAUCCAUCGCCAACCUGUGUCACUUUCCCUAUCUAUGGUCUCACUCCCGGCACCUGAAUCAGUCGUCAACUCUUUCCCUCUCAAGAGUCACAAAAAGGUUGAAGCCUCUGGGGCCAGUGAAGAUGUAGAACAGUGUUACAUUUGCCUUGCUGAGUACGAGGAAGGGGACAAAAUCCGAGUUCUUCCCUGUCAUCAUGAGUAUCAUAUGUCUUGCGUUGAUAAAUGGCUAAAAGAGAUACACGGGGUAUGUCCACUGUGUAGAGGAGAUGUUCGUGAGGUCGCAGAAGCAUCUGUAUCUCAUUCAGAAAUCCCUUCCCUUUGAUAGAAUUGUACAUAUCUUGUAAAUAGUGAUGAACACUCCCCACUCAUGAAAUGUGUAUUCACACGGUUCCUUAUAAAAUUGACAUGUAUCAGAAUUUCCUGUUA